AUGGAGAAAAGAAAAAUUUUAUACAUUUUAGAAAGAGAAUUAAAAGAAUAUGGAGAUGAAGAGAUGUUGUCCUAUUUCCAUCAGUUUUACAAGUCUGUAGAGGGAAAUGAAGGGGACAUUGCUCAGAGGAUUUUUAGUGAACUGGCACAACAAAUGAAAAAAUUCUUUGUAAUAUAUAAUAAAAGGAAUAAAAAUGACUUAAUUGAAAAGAUAAAAAACCUUUUUAAAGAAGAGAGUAAUAAUGAGGUUAACAUAAUAGAUGUGCAAAAAGAAAAUGGAGGUGAUGAUUACAAUAUGAACGAUAAUAUAUUUAACGAAGACAACUAUAUGGAUAAUAGUAAUAAAAAUGGAAAUUGUAAUAGUAACCGACAUAGUAUCAGCAAUAAUAUUAGUAUGAGGAGGGAAAAUCGGAAUUGGAGCAACGAGGAAAAUCCUAAAGGAACGUUUCGUAAUUUUAAAAAUCAUUAUUCGUUUUUGUGUACCAAUUUAUUUGACGAUAUUAACAUACAGAAAUUAGAACUAUGUGUACUGGACUUUGAUAUAUUCAAGUUGUAUAUGUCAAGUGUGGAAAUAAUACAAGCAGAAAAAAAAGAUUCACUAGUUCAUGAAGAAACUUUUUAUGAAACUUUUCAGUAUUUUUUAAAUUUAUUAUGCUUAUUAUAUUUUUUAAAAAAUAUAUAUUUUGAUUUAAGUUAUAAAACAAAUGAAAAUUCAUAUUCCUUUCUAUUUAAAGGAUUUGAAGAAAGAAAAAAUAAAGUUAUAAAUUAUUUCUUUUUUUUAAAAAAGUUAAAGUUACAUAAAUUGAUGUACAAUGAAGUAAUAAAAAUUUUUUGCAAUUUUUUUCAGUACACAUAUAUUAAUGAGUAUUUAAUUAGAAACAUAUUUGACAUAUCAAUGAAUACAUUUAUUUUUACUGCUGUUAAGAAUUUUCAAGGCAAUUACAGGGUAGAUAGCCAUAUUUCACAGGAAAAUUUGCAUCAGGAUGUGAAAACAGAUAACACAAAUAGUUAUAGGAACAAUGUUAGUGGUACUAAGGACGACCAUAAUAGCAGUAAUUACUGUAAGGAUCAGUGCAAAACUGCAAGAAAUAGCACAUGCCCAAACAACAUGACUACCAAAAAUUCCGCUAGUGAUUUUAACGACACGUUUACUAAUAAAGAAAGCAGUGAAUUCGUAAUACUUGACAACGAAGGGGAUGACAAGGUUCAAGAUGGAAGGAACGAAACAGGGGAAGAGAGGACGGAAAUUGGUAGCAGCAGUAAUAAUAACAGCAAUAAUAAUAGUAGCAGAAGUAAUAACAAUAACAACAAUUGUGAAGGCGCUAAUAAGAAAGUUAAUAAUAGUAAUAAUAAUAAUAGUAAUAAUAGUAAUAAUAAUAAUAGUAAUAAUAAUAAUAGUAAUAAUAAUAAUAAUAAUAGUAAUAAUAGUAAUAAUACUAAUAAUAGUAAUAAUAAUAAUAGUAAUAAUACUAAUAAUAGUAAUAACAAUAAUAGUAAUAAUAAUAAUAAUAAUAAUACUAGUAACAAUAGUAGUAACAAUAAUAAUAAUAAUAAUACUAGUAACAAUAGUAGUAACAAUAAUAAUAAUAAUAAUACUAGUAACAAUAGUAGUAACAAUAAUAGUAAUAAUAAUAACCUUAACUGUGGCAGCAGUAAUAACAAUAACUGUAGUAGCUUGAAUGCGGAUCAGAAGGGGAACUGUCUUAAGGGCACCUUUUUGACAAGAAAGAAGAACCAGGAGGACUACUUAAAUAAAGAGUUGAACGAUUUCUUUAUUUCGAAUAAAACUAGCAACAAAGUAAAUAGAUGCUCCUUUAUAGAAGUGAUAUAUGAAGGAAAAUAUAAUGAUAAAAUUUACUCAGAUAAAAUAAUUAAUUCUUUAUUUUAUUUUUUUAACAACCCUUAUUUAAUAUUUACUUUUCAUAAGAACGUGCUAUAUUAUAUUGAAAUGAAGAGUAAAGAUAAAAAUUUUUUUUUAACUUAUAAAAAUGCGCAUGCUCUAGUUAAGUAUUUAAAUCAUUGUGUAACUAUUAUUACAAAGAUUUUUCAUAUAUUCGUAUCAUCUGGAUUAUAUUUUAACAGAAAUAUUAUGGCCCAGAAAAAUAAUAAAUAUUUAAAUUUCUACAAGUUACUGAACUUUGAUAGUUGUACCACAUAUAAUAAUGAGAAAAAUUAUGAAUUUAACAAAUAUCAAGAUUUUAAUUUUAGCAAAAUUAGCAUGAAUAGUAAACGAAGAAGAGAUAAAAAAUGUGGAAAUACUACUUCAGGUAACGAUAUGAAUACAUUUAAUGAAACAUUAUUUGAGGCAGAUAACCUUGUUAAUGAUAAUACUUAUCAUGAUAGAAAAAGGAGCACACAAAAAAGAUUAAGCAACUUUGAUGACACAAAUACGUACGAUUUUAACAUUAUUAAAUAUCUGAUAAAGUAUAAAAACGUUGUUAGUAAUUUUUGUCAAGAUGAUUUAAAUAGAAAAGACAGCAUCGAAAGUGAAGGAGAUCAAAAUAAUUUUUAUUUAUCAGGGACAAACAAACAUAAGGUAAAAAAUGAGUGUACAAUGUAUGAAAAGAGCAAGGAUUAUUUUCUUAAUUCAAAUGGUAGUUAUGACGAGAACAGAAGCUUGUAUGAAAGUGAGUAUAGUUCAAGUGGAACUGGUAAAAGGCGGAGUUAUUAUGAAGGCAGUAAAUGCCAGGAUAAUAGUGGAUACGAAUCGAGCAAAUAUGAAAGCAGCCAAACUGAUGAACCAGAAAGUGAUGUGAAUGAAUACGAAUGGGGAAUAGUCCAGGGAGACAACUGCAGAAGUAACAUAAAAACAGAAAGAAGUAAACACAAAAGAGGAACAAAUGAAAAAAGCAAAGUUGAAGGAAGAAAGGUCAACAGAUGCAACAAUGAAAGGAGCAAAAGAAAAAAUUUAAAGUCAUCUUACAAAUAUAACACUUUGAAUUAUAACACCAUUUAUCAGAAGGAAUACUCGAAUAAAAGCCUUUUCCAUGAUAUAUUACGGAAAGCAAAAAAAAGAAAAAAAUUUUAUGAAGUCAUAGGUAAAAUAAAUAAACUGAAAAACUCGUUUGAUCUUAGUAAUAUAAAUAAAAACAAAACCAUUGAUUUGAAUUAUGUAGAAAAUGUGGAUACUAUUUCGUACUUUAUAAGUAUAUACAACUCUGACAAUAUUUUUCAAUUUGAUUAUUACUUUUUAAAAUUUAUUACGGAAAUAAUAACUACAUAUAACAAUUAUAUUAAAUGUCAUUUAAUUAGUGAAAGUAGUAUAAAAUUUAAAAAGGAAAUACUUGAUAAGAUAAUUAACCAAAUUGAAUUGUUCCUCAACGAAAUUACAAAAUUAAUUUAUGUAUAUACUUGGUGUGUAUUAUACAUUUUUGGACAUUCUUAUUCUUAUGUGAAAUAUGCAAAAUAUUUUUAUCAAAAAAAAUCGUUUUUCGUAUUAGAAAAUAAAGAGCAAUGUGUUUUCAAUAAUUUUAAUUAUUUUUUACAAGAUAGUGGACAUAAUAAUAACAGUGAUAAUUUACAUAUGAACAAUUAUUUUACUCCUUUAAAUAUUGUGGAAAAUUUAAAAUAUAAUUAUGAACUGAAAAGGAAUGUACAUGAGUUUGAUAAUUUUAAUUUUCAUAAUUUAAUACAUAUUUACAAAAAUUCAUAUUUUCAAAAUAUAGUAGAUAAGCUACACCUAAAUUUGAAGUUUAUUGAAAAUAUUUUAUUUACACUAGAUAAUGUAUUUAAGAAUAAAAAAAGUAAAAAAAAAAAAUUUUUAAAUUAUUUAUGCGUAAAAGAUCAAAAAUUAGAUGAUAUAUGUAAAUCAAUUGAAAAUUUAAAGAGGAAUAUAAAUAAAUAUAAAAAAACAUUUCACUAUUGUUUAAAUUUUAACAAUAUAAAAAAUGUUAUCAGUUUGACAUUAGAAGAAAUGAGCAUGAGUUCAGACAAAAUCGAAUUAAAUAAGCUAUUAAACGAAUAUUUGAAUAAAUUAGAAAAUAGAGGACAACUAAAAAAAAGACAAAAAAAAAUUAAUGUUAAGAUAAUUGAUGAUAAUAUCGUUCUUGAUACAACAAACCCAAGAAAGAAGCGGAGAAAAGAUUUAAAAAACAGGAUGGAUGAUGAUGAGUGUAGUAUAUUUAGCACAAAUAAAAGAAACCAAAACUGCUUCCAUUCAUCUUAUGUGGAUAUGAAAAAUAUUUCAGAUCCAAAUAGUCAUAAAGGGGUGAAGCAAAAAAGUACAAGUAAUAAAAAUAACAGCAUCAUAGGUUCAUUUCUGAGGUUGAAUAAUAGUAGUGGGAGCGGCACAGAUAGCGAUAUCAGCAGAGUUAGAAGAGGUAGUCGAGUUAGAAGUGGGAGCAAUCAAAAGAAGAAAAGCGUUUCAAAGCAAAAUACGAUGAUCCCAUAUAAGGACAAUUUCUCUCUGAAAAAAAAUCGCAAAAAUAUAGAGAACAAAAUAAAUGAUGCAACGGAUAACGACAGUUAUUGUGAUAAUGAAGAAGCGAAUGAAAGUUACACGAGGAGUGAUCGCAACUCCAAGUCUAUUCAUAACGAUAAUAGUUAUUUAGAUUAUAACAAUAAAUCUGAAGAGAAUUCUUCUUUGGAGGAUAUGCUUGAAACUAGAAGUAAAAUUUCUUAUUAUGAUAAAACAAUUAGUACAAGUAGUAGUCCUAAUAGUGGUAGAAGCAGUAGCAGAAGCAGUAGUGGAAGUAUUAGUAGAGGAAACCAUAACAAAUACAGUAGGCAUAACAGAAAAUAUAGGCAAAGAAUUGGUAAGAGCAGUAUAAUACUGCACAGGAAUAAUAACAAUAAUAAUAACAAUAAUAAUUACAAUAAUAAUAAUAAUAUUAAUAAUAAAAUUAAUAAUAAUAGCAGUAGCAAACUGAGCGAAUGUUAUAGAAUGGACGCAUUUCUUAGUAACGAGUAUAAUACGGAAAAGCUAUUAUUCUUUUUCAAUUUAUUAAAUGGAAAUAAUAUAUUUUAUUAUUUAUCAUUAUAUUAUUUAGUAAAGAAUGAAAAAAUUAUGGAUAUUAUGCACUUUCUACCUUUGAAAUAUUUACUUGAUUUAUUAAUAUUAUACGAUUUAAAAGAUUAUAUAAAAUUUAAAACUAUAAUUCGAGUGUUCAGAAUUAUAUAUGAGUUUCAAGAAUUCUCACCAAUUUUAAAGCAGCCUAUUUUUUUCAAUAAAAAUAAUUACUGUUUGGAUUAUGCAGAUUUUAUGAAUUAUGAUUUUUCAUGUAAAUUUUUAACGAUUAAUAAAAAAGGGGAUGAUGAUUAUUUAUAUUAUACAGUAAAAAAAGCACAUAAUGAAGAUAAUUACAAUAACCUGUUUUUGACACUUAAAAAAAGUAGUAGUAAUAAUAAAAAUAUGAACACGCGGGUAGAAGUAAGUUCAUACGCAGAUGAAGAUAAUGGUGAUGAAAUGGCAAGUAGUAAGAGUAGAUCAGAUAGGAGUAGCAUACUUGAUAUGAAGGGGAAAUUUUUAGAGCUAUUAAGAAAUACAUUUUCAACGUUAAAUUUUUCGAAUAGUUUGAAAAAUUAUCCAAAUUUGGUGAGAAAUGUAAUAAAUAGAAUUUUAAUUAGUAUAAUAGGAAAAUAUAGUUACCUGAGUAAUGAAAAUCAUAAUAAAAAUUAUAACAGUCUGACAUAUUAUGCACUUAAAUUUAUUUUUAAUAAUUUAAAAAAUUUUACAUUUGGUUACAGUAAUUCGUCCUAUUUCAGUUAUACAAUUAAUGAUCCUACAGAGCUUUAUAAUAUUAGUGUUCAUAAUUUUAUUUUAUAUCACAUAUACGAAUUGGCUAUAAGGACAAAAGAACUUACUAUAAAAAGCUGUUGUUUUAAAUUAUUAAAAUAUUUGUUAACAGAAUAUUAUUUUUAUCCUGAUAUGUUCAGUGAAAAAUCACACGAAUUAAUUAAUUCUGAUAUUAAAAUAAAUAACUUUUGUAUUAAAAAUGUAAUACUGGAUUUUGUCUCUUUCAAUAUAAUGAUUUGUCACCUUCAAAAAGAAUUAACAUCAGAUGUUAAUGUUUUAAAUAAUUUAGACUUAUUUAAUUAUUCUAUUAAAUCAAUAGCAAAUUAUUUAAUAGGAUAUAAAAAUAAUUCUUUUUUCUUUUUAAUAGAUAAAAAAAUGGUUAAAAUUUUGUUAAUAAAAUUAACUUUUAUGAUGCCAUAUAUUUAUAAGUUAAAAAUACCUGCAUGUGUAAUCAGGUUGUAUAUUCGUGUAAUUAAAUCAUUAGAUAAGGAUAUUCUAGACAUGAUACAUAAUUUAAAUAAAAUUGAUCUUAUAUAUGACAGCUUGUUUUAUAUAAUCAUAAGCCAUUUUAUUUACUUCUUUUUAAACAUGAAUAUUGAAUUAGAUGAAGAAGCGUCAAACAUUUUAUCAUGUAAUUAUAAAAGCGGCUUGUCCAGGAAUUCGUGGAAUAGCAAUAAUAAUAGUUGUAUUAAGAUAACCAACGAGCAUGCACAUGUUCAGGAAGAAAAACACUUAAGUCCAAAUAACAAUUCUUUUGAAAUAACUCAACGCGGAGUAUAUGAUAUGGAAGAGAUGGAAAGUGAAAAAGCAGAUGAAGAAGGAGAACAUCAUCAGGGAAAUAAAAACUACCUGACGGUGGAUGGCCAAUAUAAUAAUGAGCAUAAUGAGACCGAUAAUUCCAGUAGCAGCGAAGAGAGUGACAGUUCAGAACAUUCGGAGGGAACAGAUGUGGAAAACGCGCUUGUUGGUAAUAAUUACAGUGAGCUAGUACAUGAUGCUCGUGUGCUUAAAGACGGUAGCGAUAGCAUUCCACGCAGUGAUGCCAAUGGUCAUAAAGCUAACAAGAGUAACGUUAGCACAUGUAACAACAAGAACAGUGCCAACAACAAUAACGAAGGUAUUAGCAGUAACAACGAUAAUAGUAGCAACUCCAACUACAGUAACUAUAACAACAGUGAUGAUAAUAAUAGAGAAGGAGAAACUCCAGCAGGAAGUGAAAGCAGCGUUAAUACGUACGCAAAUCCAAGCAAAUUGAACAAAAUAUCGGAUGUGCUAUAUGUAAGAAAAAUUAUAAACGAAAACAGCACAUUUAAUUUCGAAAAUAACUACUUUAUAAAUUAUUCCUUAUACAUACUUCAUAAGGAGCAUUAUUCGAUAUAUGUGUUUUUUUCAACAUUUUUCAAAAAUGCGCUAAAAGAAUACAGUGAGCUGUCGAAAAGUCAAAAUAUAUAA